AUGCAACUGGCCGAGCUCUUGCAUUCCAAAACCUUCCACAUAGCUUUUGUCAACAUCAAACAUAACCACAGGCGGCUGGUUUGA